AUGAUCAUGACGUCUAAAAUAUUUUUGUUUCUAGCCACAUUGAGAUUUGCUACAGGUUGUGGAGAUGUUUGUAGUGAGUUCGUUCUAAUUAGUUAUGACGGGGCAAACUCCAAUUUUUCAGACGAAGAUGACGGUGCAUACGUAAUGAGUACAUUUCCCAAUGUUGCACCAGUUCCAUCUUGUUCAGCAGGUUAUACAAUUUUUCCGAGACCGGGUUAUAAUUGGUGUAUGAAGAUUUUACCAGCAGUUGAGUUGAAUUAUACUCAAGCCGAAGCUUUGUGCACUGCAGAUGGAGCAGUUCCAUCAGGUCAUCAAAAUGAUUUUGAGGAAAGCUGGAUUACUAGUGAGUGAACGGGUUCAAUUGUUUUUUUUUUGAAGAUUAUUUUUAUUUAUCAGGGACGGCAAUUACCGUACAAGCAGAACAUGGUUAUACAAUUGGUGGUGUCUGGCUAGGUCUCCAUAUCACGCUUGGUUGUGACUAUUCUGGUUUCGUGGAUGAACCGAACUGUGGUACCAACUCUUUCGAAUGGACAGAUGGUUAUACAACUGGAUCGAGUCAGAUCAAAUGGUCAGGAGGUCAACCAUGGCAAUCAAAGUAAGUUGGAUUUCUUGAGAAGUUUGAAAUAGAAAAAAAUUAAGCCAAUACAAAUGCGCAUUGAUGGCUGCAUAUAUAUAUGCUAAUUUUCCUGGUAACAACUUCGCAGCUCUUCCAACUCAAGUUUUAAAUGUUGCUUGUAAUCAAAUAUCUGGGGAGUAUCCUUAUCAAGAUACACAGCGAAAAAAAAUUAUUUUUUUGUACACAAAAAAUUCGUUGCGGAAAUUCAAAAAAAAAAUAGGCGGAGUUUUCAACACGCAACCCCUGGCAGCGUCUUUCUGCAAUAUUAUUGCAUGUGCGCACGGUUUUUGUGUGUUCUCCCCUUUUGUUUUUUGUUUUUUUCCUUUGUGUGUGCAAACACUUUCUGUUUUGCGCACCGUACCACACGGAAAGAGAAAAAAUAAUUUUUUUUCGCUGUGAGAACAACAAUUGUUUGCGGAAAACCACCAACAGAAUAUUCUUAACCAAAAGUUCAAUUUUAUUAUUUUAUUGGGUGAAUAAAUGAAGUUGUAAACUGAAAUGUUAUUGAUGGUGAAACUGUACGAGUUGUACAACAAAACAAAACUUCUCUUUAUGCGUGAGAACCUGAAAUUUGCAUGUUUUUCAUCAAUGUUAUAGCAAAGUAUAUAAAGUAAACAAUUCUUGGAAACAAAAUUAUUCCGAAAAAUGGUCUGGAUCUUCAUGCUCUCUACAAUGUAUCUGAAUAUUCUAAUCUCAUCAGUGAUUAUUUCUAAAACGAACUUCUAUAUAAAACACUGUCAAAAAGCAGAUGAUUUUCCUGUAUCCUUUCCAAAAAGGUUAUUUCCUUUCUACAUAAAACAGCUGCAUUUUUCUAGUUUCUUUAUUCAUUUUCACAUCAGAAUUCCAACAAAAAAAAUGCUAGAAAACCCAAAUGUGUUAUUUGGCCUAUUCAUUUUCCAAAGUACUCUAGUUAUUUUCUAUUUCAUAAUGAUUGUCAUCUAUAUUUUAAGCAUAUUCACAAUUUUCCCAUUAUUCGUUCAUUUCACAAAAAUCAAUCGCAAAAAGGAUCGAGAAUCGCCGAUUUAUCAAAUCACAAAUCAAUUAUACCAAAUUACAAUUGUUGCACAAAUCACUAUAAUUAUCAGUGCAAUUGGCAGUUUUGCUUUAAUCAUUUUCAAUUUAUCAGGGUACGCAAACCCCUGGAUAUACCUUGUUGUUCAGUUUGCUUUUCUUAUGUUCGCUAUAACUUUUCUAAUCAAUCAAGUAAUCGUUCCAAUUCAAAAUUUUCUAAUAUUUCUUUUGGCUUUUCAAAGAUUCCUCCUUUAUUUCUAUCCAAAUUCGGAAAAAUUCAUCACUCCUGGUGAAAAAACUUUCAAAAUUAUCACAUUAUUCAUCUAUUCUCUAUCGCUUUCUGGAAAUAUUUUCUACCUAUACAAGUUUAUCCAAUGUUUCACCGUCUCAAUGUCAACUCACGAACUUAAUUGUGAUCAAACUUUAUCGAUGUUGAACUCUGCGAUUUAUAUAACACUCGAUUGGCUUGUGAUAUUUUCUUCAAUUUUCUAUAUAUUGAUUCUCAUCAGUGUUCGGAAAAUCACAAGACUUUCUUCUACAGUUAUGAUGAAAACCCGCCCCGAAAAAGCAAUCCUCUACCAAACUUUGGUUUUGAUUAUUGUUAAAUUAAUAGCUACUCCGUUGAUUUUAAUUAUCACUCUAAUGUACAUUGAUUUUCAAAAUAUUUUGUCAUACAAAGUUCUCAAUGUGUUCUACUACUGUCUAUUCUUCAUUGACGUGCUAACAACUCCUUUAAUUGCUCAAGUUGCCUAUCUUUUCUGCAACAAAACAAAUCUGGAGAAUUUGCUGAAAAUGAAUUUCAGAAAAUUGCGAACUUGGAUGACUAUUUGUUGUGGAGCCUCUUCGAAUAGUGUGGAUUAUCAGCAAGAAAUCGAUAAUUUGGGAGUGGCUUCGGGAACUACCCAAAAUCAAUCAUGA